GUCAUCCCGAGACGUCCCCCGCCCCCGCCCCAAAUUAUUAUUUGGAAGGCGCUGGAUCUGGGGACGGAGAGGGGGAGGGGGAGAAAUCGGAAACCGAGGACAACCCAAAAGGACUCACUUUGCCUGAUGACUCAACGCAACUAAUAAGCAUCUCCCUCUCCGCGCGCCUGUCUCUCUCCGCGGCUGGUCCGAGAGUCUGGCUCCGGCGGCGGGCGGCGGCGGCCCGGAGCGGAGCGGCCGGAGGUGACAGCUCAGCGCGGGCGGCCGCCGCGGUCCCUCCCGCGCGGCGCGGCCCCGGCUCCCGGGGGCACCGGCCCCUCGCGGCUCGGGCCGCGGUCCUCGCGAGCGGGCAGCCCGGGGGAGCGGCAGCCCGGGCCGCCUCCGCCGCCUCCCGUCCUCGGCCCGCUCUCUCCGGGUCGGGUCUCCGUGCGGAGGUGCGAAGGGCUUCUCCUGCCUCUCCUCCCCUCCCCUCCCCGCCUCUGCGGCCCCCUCCCCCGCUAGCUCGGCGCCCCCCCGGAGGAGCCCUCCUCCCCUCCUCUCCUCCCCCUCCCCUUCCUUCCCCCCCAAUCAUCAUCCUCAUCAUAACCGCCGGCUCCGCGCUAGAAGGCACCCUGACCCGGGGCCGAGGCGAGGGGCACGGGGGAGCGGAAGGAAGCCCGGGAGGGCACGGCGUGGCGGAGCCCCGGCAACUUUCCACCCUGGAUUCGCUACUUCUGCUCCAUGGACAGAGCGCCGGCCAGCCGCCCUGCAGGCAGACCGUGAGCAGUCCCCGCGCGCUUUAUUGCGACCCGCCGGCGGCCACUUCGUCUCCGAGCCGGAGCGGCAUGGAGCGGCGGAGCGAGAGCCCGUGCCUGCGGGACAGCCCCGACCGGCGCAGCGGCAGCCCCGACGUCAAGGGGCCGCCCCCGGCCAAGGCGGCGCGGCUGGAGCAGAACGGCAGCCCCAUGGGGGCCCGCGGGAGGCCCAACGGCGCCGUGGCCAAGGCCCUGGGAGGGCUGAUGAUUCCUGUCUUCUGCGUGGUGGAGCAGUUGGACGGCUCUCUCGAAUAUGACAACAGAGAAGAACACGCCGAGUUCGUGCUGGUUCGGAAGGACGUGCUCUUCAGCCAGCUGGUGGAGACAGCGCUGCUGGCCCUGGGCUACUCCCACAGCUCCGCGGCCCAGGCCCAAGGAAUAAUCAAGCUGGGGAGGUGGAACCCGCUGCCCCUCAGCUACGUGACCGACGCCCCCGACGCCACGGUGGCCGACAUGCUGCAGGAUGUCUAUCACGUCGUGACGCUGAAGAUCCAGCUGCAGAGUUGCUCGAAGUUGGAAGACCUGCCCGCGGAGCAGUGGAACCAUGCCACCGUCCGCAAUGCCUUAAAGGAACUGCUCAAAGAGAUGAACCAGAGCACACUAGCCAAAGAAUGCCCUCUCUCCCAGAGUAUGAUUUCAUCCAUUGUAAAUAGCACAUAUUAUGCCAAUGUGUCAGCAACCAAGUGCCAGGAGUUUGGGCGAUGGUAUAAGAAGUACAAGAAGAUUAAAGUGGAAAGAGUGGAACGAGAAAACCUUUCAGACUAUUGUGUUCUGGGCCAGCGUCCAAUGCAUUUACCAAAUAUGAAUCAGCUGGCGUCCUUGGGGAAAACCAACGAACAGUCUCCUCACAGCCAAAUCCACCACAGCACUCCAGUCCGGAACCAAGUGCCCGCGUUACAGCCCAUCAUGAGCCCGGGGCUGCUCUCCCCCCAGCUCAGCCCCCAGCUGGUCAGGCAGCAGAUAGCCAUGGCCCACCUGAUAAACCAGCAGAUCGCCGUCAGCCGCCUCCUGGCUCACCAGCACCCUCAAGCCAUCAACCAGCAGUUCCUGAACCAUCCGCCCAUUCCCAGAGCAGUGAAGCCAGAGCCAACCAACUCUUCUGUGGAAGUCUCUCCUGACAUCUACCAGCAAGUCAGAGAUGAGCUGAAGAGGGCCAGUGUGUCCCAAGCUGUCUUUGCAAGAGUGGCAUUCAACCGCACACAGGGCCUGCUGUCCGAGAUCCUCCGGAAGGAGGAAGACCCACGGACGGCCUCGCAGUCCCUCCUGGUGAACCUGCGGGCCAUGCAGAACUUCCUCAACCUCCCCGAGGUGGAGCGGGACCGCAUCUACCAGGACGAGCGGGAGCGGAGCAUGAACCCCAACGUGAGCAUGGUGUCCUCAGCCUCCAGCAGCCCCAGCUCCUCCCGGACCCCUCAGGCCAAAACCUCGACCCCGGCAGCAGACCUCCCCAUCAAGGUGGACGGCGCCAACGUCAACAUCACAGCUGCCAUUUACGACGAGAUCCAGCAGGAGAUGAAAAGGGCCAAGGUGUCCCAGGCCCUGUUCGCCAAGGUGGCUGCCAAUAAAAGUCAGGGCUGGCUGUGCGAGCUGCUCCGCUGGAAGGAGAACCCCAGCCCGGAGAACCGCACGCUCUGGGAGAACCUGUGCACUAUCCGCCGCUUCCUGAACCUCCCCCAGCACGAGCGGGACGUCAUCUACGAGGAGGAGUCCAGGCACCACCACAGCGAGCGCAUGCAGCACGUGGUCCAGCUGCCGCCCGAGCCAGUGCAGGUCCUCCACAGGCAGCAGUCCCAGCCCACCAAGGAGAGCUCCCCUCCCCGUGAGGAGGCCCCGCCCGCGCCCCCGCCCAGUGAAGACAGUUGUGCCAAAAAGCCCCGGUCCCGCACCAAGAUCUCCCUGGAGGCCCUGGGGAUCCUGCAGAGCUUCAUCCACGAUGUGGGCCUGUACCCCGACCAGGAGGCCAUCCACACGCUGUCCGCGCAGCUGGACCUGCCCAAGCACACCAUCAUCAAGUUCUUCCAGAACCAGCGGUACCACGUGAAGCACCAUGGCAAGCUCAAGGAGCACCUGGGCGCCGCGGUGGACGUGGCUGAGUACAAGGACGAGGAGCUGCUGACCGAGUCGGAGGAGAACGACAGCGAGGAGGGCUCCGAGGAGAUGUUCAAGGUGGAGGCCGAGGAAGAGGGCGCGGACAAGGCCAAGGCCGCGCCCGCGGACGGCGACCAGAGAUAAUGUGAAGCCCCACCUGGCACAGCAAUACAUGGGUCCAAGGAUUUUCUGUCUUCGUUGCUUUAAAAAAAAAAAAAAAUUUUUUUUUUGGCUUUAUUUUAUUUUUGUCUCUUUUUUUUUGUUGUUUGUUUGUUUUUUCUUACCCAUUUUGUUUUGACAUUUCUUUGUUGCACAGGACACACCUGUAGAGUGAGUACGUUCAGUAUUUCCGAAUCAGAAGUCGCCUUGGCAAAGACACUCAAGUGUUACCCUCCGGCCACCGGCUGGCUCGCAGUCAUGCCGAUCCUGGGAGACUCUGCCUUCGCGGUUCUUGCACUUAAUCGAAGAGCCAGGGGGCGAGUUCCGGGAGGAAAAGACGGACAAAACACAUGAAGGAAGCGACGUGUGUGUGUGUGUGUGUGUGUGUGUGUGUGUGUGUGUGUAUAUGUAUAUAUCUAUAUAUUUACAUAUAUAAAUAUAUAUAUAUGAGAAUUGCAUGGGACAGAGAACUUGACCAUCGGGAAGAAGAGACUGUGAAAUGAGUUCUUAAAGAAGAGACUUGUUCAUGUAUGAUUCACAAAAACCACUUCACAGUGAGUCGCUUUGGCUUUUGGAUAAACUUCGGCCUGCUCUCAGGGUGGGGUGACUAUUUUUGAAUUCCUAUUUAUUUUCUGUGUUUAUCCCUGAUUUUCCUUUUUUUAAUUCUAUGGCUUCCUAUCUGGCAGCUUGAUGGGUAAUUUUUGAGGUAUGUAUUUAACAAAACAAAUCAACACUGCCAAAAAAAAUAAAUAAAAUAAAAAGAGAGAGAGAGAAAGAAGAAGAACGUAAAGGGAAAAAAAUCAGGGCACCUUAAAUGAUACAAGUCCAAUUACUCUUAAAGACACAAUGCACACUUAACCUGACUCGAUAUGUUCUGUAAUCCAACCUGUCGUUGCUUUAGUGAACAGACGUGUUUCUGUGGAAUUCCAAAUGAGUAAACCGGAAAUUCGGUGCAGAGAAAACUUGGACGUUAUAGCGUGGUCUCGAUAAAAACGCCAUUUUGACGUUAGUAUGAGCCACAUUUUUGUGAAACUUAUUUACCUGCUCGUGGCUUACAAUGAAUAAGCCUGCUCAUUUAAAAGUUGUUUGUUGCUGUUUUCUUUUGUCUUUGUUUUUGUUUUUAAAUAGAAGAUAGUUCCAUGUAAUGUUAAGUUAGAAAAGAAGUUGCUGCCCAAUUAAAGGGGCUCCCUCUCCAAUACAGCUCCCUCCGUCCCCCAAAAGGCAUCUCUCACUCCUGUUUCACUCUGGGCUUCCUCUCCUUCCUGCACAUCCUGUCCCCCCCCCACCGGACACUCUCAUUCCUGCUCCAGCAGCCUCCGCGAGGCAGCCCUCCCAAGAGCCCGGGCUUGCGUAGGUGAUGCCAUUGCAGUGGAAUCACCAGCUUGUCACCAACGGAAAGGUUUUCCCAGUUACCCACUCCGCAGAUACUUGUACUAAAGCAGAACGGAUGCCAUGGGCUGCUGAGCGGAGUGGGCACUACCGCUGCAUGCAUUCUGCCACACCUCCCCGGCCUUUAGUUUCCUCUCAGACACACGUGUAGCAUCGCCACCCACUUCCAUGCGAGUCGUUGCCAGAGGAGACCUCGCCUCCAGGACCGGCCCGGAGGCCGGCGGGACAGCCCCACACCGUUGGAAUUUUUUAUUUUUUAUCUUUUUGAGUUGUGCUCUCAUGCAACCUUGUCAAAGACCUCAUGCAAUAUCACUUUGAAAGUUAUUUUCUGUUUACUACACAACCAUUGUAAUAUAACUGUUAAUACUAUUUAUAUAUUUGAAAGGUAUAAAAGGUAGGAGUUUAAAAAAAAAAAAAGACAAACCUCUAUGUGUAGAUAUUAACUCAGAACUUACACUAUACAGGGAGAAGACGUUGCAAUACAAGCUAAUUCUAGCUGCUCAGUAACCUCUGGAGUUUUUAAAGGGACAUUUUUCCUGUGCUUUUCCCAAUACCGAUGUUGAAAAGGUUAUUCUCCACACGAGCAUCACCUACCUUUGCGAAAGGAUGGUUGUUUGCGGUUAAGGCCUGGGCCCAGCCUCCCCUCCCCCACUUCUGUAGCGCUCUGCGGCUGCAACCAGAACGGCCGCGGCUGCCCCCUGAUCUCCGAGUUACUCUCUCCAAAUUGUCUUCUUACACUGUCGCUGAAGGUCACUCUGUCCACGUCACGGAAACUGAUUUGCCAAGCUCUUACAAGGUGGUUCAUCGACCGAUGGCAUCCGCAUUUGGUAUCUUUUACACUUCAACCAAAAAUUUAUUAGGUAUUUUUCAAUGCUAAGUCUUGCCUUUUUAUUUUUUAAUUUCACUGCCGAGUUUGCAGUGGUUCUAAGUGAAUCUGUGGGCAUUUUAGCCUGUGGUCUUGCCAGAUCUUUGCGAAUUACAAUGCAUAUAUGUCUAUUUAUUCAAUAUCUGUCAUAUAAUAUCUAUUUGGAAGAAGAAGAAAACUUUCUCUUGUAGUGCCUCUUGACAAAGCACAAUUUCCCGCCUUUUUGUGUGUGUGUGAAAUGAAAAAAACAAAUUGUGUUUUAUUGCGGUAUCAACAAUGUGAAUAAGGAUUAACAUAUUGUAAAUGUUCCUUUUUUCCAUGUAAAUCAACUAUCUUUGUUAUCACUAAGUGAUAAUUAAUUUUUAACUUAUGUGCAUUGUUAGGCUGUUAGAAUUUUUUGGUUGUUAAAAUAAAACGCAUUCAAUAAAUAUGA